AUGCCUCACGUCGACACCUUGUUCCACCACUUGCAGAAGAGAAAUACCGAGCCAGUGCGAGUUAAAACGGCAAUCGAUAAUUUUGAAAAAUGUAUCGUCGAUGCGAGAAAUAAAAUUGAUGACAUAAUAAAUGAAGCCAAAAGUAUUUGCACUGAACCCCAAGGCAACAAAAGGAGACCACGUAAUAAUAGCAGUCACGAUUGCCGAGUUGCCGCAUUAGAAGUAUGCGACAAUAUAGUGAAUUCUGCAAAUGACAGAUUUCAAUUCAAAGAUCAUUUGGUAGCCGCAUCCUUUUUUUCCCCGAACACUUUGGAGAAUACUGUAGUAAGUUUCCUGAUGACAAGUUGGAAACUACCUGCUUGGCUUCUCCCGAAUUAG